CAGACUUGAAAAAUAAAAGAUCGUAUUAUCUUAAAUCAAGUGUAUUGUUUUCUUAUUGAGACAGUCAAAAAUAACAAUUUAUAAAUUGUUGUAUGAAAAUUUGAUUAUAAACAUCACAUUUUCUAAAAAAUGGAUUUAAAAGCUGUAGUUGUUUCUGGAGAAGCUCCAGAGUCUGACGAUGAUGCAUCAAACAUUGUCACUGGCCUAGGAUUCCCUACAAUGAGAACACCAUCCACAUACUGCGGUACUAUUAUCUCAGGCGAAGCUCCAGAAUCUGAUGAUGAUUUAACAAGUUUAAGUAGUAUUAGCGGAGCGGUAGAUGCCAUGGCAUGUCCUCCUUACACAGAUCUUAAAAUACCAAGAUCUAAAAAAAGUUCCAUCAAGUAUAAUAGUUUACUUCAUAAAAAGUUAUACGAAUGCAAUGAAACCUUGGAUAGAGACAUUCUGCAAAUGACCGAGGGCGCAAUCACAACCAGUGUACAAGAAUUGUCAGCUGUUAAUCGACAAUUGCUGAGAAGUGAAUUGGUGUUACAAGAGGCUGUGUGUCAAUUACGCAAUGCAUCCGGUCGGAUGAAGGAUGCCUCCGACGCUCUACAUCAACUCAUAGACGACAACUUCUUGCAUUCCGUUAAAAUUUAACUUUUAUUAAACUUAUUAAGUGCAUUUCUAUUCUUAAGAUAUACAUGUAGCAAUGAGUAACAGGUAUGUGCUUACAAGGGACGUCACACAACUGUCCUGUACCGAUUUGAUUUUCUGUGAAAUAUGUCGUUAAAUGCAAAAAUCUAAAAGACACGUAUUUUUUUCGUUCCUUAGAUUUUUGUGUUUAGCAACAUAUUUCACGGAGAAUCAAAUCGGUACCGGACAGUUGUGUGACGUCCCUUAUUAGUAUAUAAUGUCAUGGUACCGUGCAUUAGAUGCCGGUGUUAAAAAAAAAAUGCGCUUUCCUCUUUGAGAUCUGGGACAUUGUUGAGCAUUAAUCGAUCUUCCCUUUAACUGGCAGUACUAUUUAAUGCGUCCUUUUUAUACUUUCCAACGCGUUGUCUCGUUUGUCUCGAGAAUAGUAUCAAUCACAUCAAUUUAUUAUAAACUAAUAUCCUAAGAUCGAUCUGUGGAACAAAACGUAUUACGCCUGAUAUUUAACGAUACAUUUGAUCAUACAGUGAGAUAGCAAAUAGUUCGAUACUGGCUAUUGUCUUGCCUACCAUUUCGUAAAUUUCAAUCGGAGUGGUGGCACAAAUUCUAAUACAAAUAUGUAUAAUGCGAUUAUAGUGCGCAAGAGGCUGGUGAUAAUUAUAUAUAUUACGAUAUAUGUGUAUAUAUAUA